AUGUUGACCCCCAUCAGCACCAACACCUCGUCGCCCGUCCGACCUAGCCUCGAGAGCCCCACGCACAAGCUUUGCCGCUCUGCAGAGAGCAAGAAGCUGGACGUUGAGCUCGCCGCCAAGGCCAAGUCCUUGAAGGAUGGCGCCAAGGCAAGGAAGGAGUCCAAGGGUCCCAUCCUGAAGCGAAAGAUGGCUUGCGCCACCUGCCGUCGUCGCAAGGCGUCGGCCGAGGCUGCUGGUCACCCUUCGGCCGUGCCUUGUGGUCCUUGCGUCUACGACUGCGACCAGAACGAUGAGCCGGUGCCCAACCGCUUCUUCGCCAACGGCUCGUUCCACUCGCUCACCUUCCACAGCCACCCUCGCAUGCCCUUGACGCCCGGCUUUGGUGUUCCCGCCGCCUACGAUGCCAUCACCGGUGCUCCCAUGAUGGACAGCCUCAACUACCUGCCACCCACCAGCCCACACGGCGUGUGGGCUUGGGGCGACUUCCCCAUGACCCCCUCGCGUGUCUCGGGCCCCGGCUGCAACUCGACCUCGUGUCACACCACCCCCAUGGUCACCACGCCCACUCGCCCUAUGCUGCUCACCUCCACACCGAUGCGCAGGGUCAUCAGCCCCAGCCUGGCCAUCAACUCGACGCCGGUGCAGGAGCACGAUGUCUUCUACUCGCCACCAUCGCACGAGCAGUGGACGCCAUCUUCGGCGAUGAGCACCGAGUCGGUCUACUACAGCCCCAUGGUCUCGUCGUUGUCCGAAGGCCUUCCCGUCUCGGCUUCGGGUAUCUCGUCGGCGGCCUCGACGCCGUUGCUCACCUCGACGCGCUCCAUCCGCUCGCCGUUCCCCAUGAGCCAGGACCUCGGCACACCGAUGAGCAUGCCUCCCACCACGCCCAUCUCGGACACAUUCGACGUCAACUGCCUCGGCCCUCCCAUGGUUCCUCGCACCUCGCUCUCGCCGCACGAGCAGCAGAUGAAGUGCGCCAACUUCCUGCAGUCGCUCGAGCCCAUGCCGUACAACCUGAUCGACUUCUCCGCUCCCGGUGUCAUGGGUGCGGAUGGCCUCAGCGUCGUCUCGACGCCCAUGAUGGCUUCCAACUCGCUCGAGAUCAUGGCUGGCAACGACCUGGGCCUGAUCAACGGACCCUCGAUGGAUGGCAAGCUCCAGGAUCCUUUUGGCAACAUGGCUGGUCUCGAGAUGCCCGACGCCUCGCUGCUCGCCAGCGCCGGCGCCGCCGAGAUGGGCAGCAUGGCUUCCCUGACGCUCACCUCGGCCAUGCCUUCGGACAUGUUCGCAAGCGCCUCCACCAACCCCGCGGCACCAGAAUGGGUCGCCUAA